AAUGUCUGUAAAAUGUUCCACUAUAAAAGAUCGUCGGGAAAAUUCAUCCAGCUAAGAGUUUUCCGGCUGCAGAACCAUCUCAAAGCAACAAUCAUGAAGCUUACACCGUUUGUGCUGUGCUUAACAUUAAUCUGUGCGAUGGUGAUGCAACCCUGGGACAAACAGGAUUUUCUGGAGAUAUCGACCGUCUAUUUCAAGGCACGGCAAGUUAAGUCGGUUACUGCAAUAAGCUGCUUUGGAGCUAUGGAUGAUUUUUGGCUGAUGAAAAGUUACUUGGGCAGUGGAUUUUAUGUGCGGAUUGUGACUUCAUUCGGGGAAUUUAAUGUUUCUGGGCUGGGUAAUUGUGGCGUAGUUGUGGACGCCAGGUGUGAGGAAAUGGUUACAGCUCUAAUUGAACACAAAGAUAUCAACGCCUAUCUGUUGACAAAUAUUUACUGGUUGUUCUUGGAUGAAAACUCAGAAUCAAUCGAAUCAUUCACAAACUCUUCAGUUUUACAAAAUUUGAAUGUUUUGUACAACAACCGAUUUCGAAAGGUAGACGUACUGCCAAUGACUCACGUGGCGAUUGGAUAUCUCGAUGAACGUUGGCGUCUGUAUGACGUUCACAAACCCUACAGGGAGGCAUCGGUAAUGUGGCAAGAAAUUGCGUGUUGUGACGAAGAUCUGGUUGAUCCUAAAGUAAUGAAAUGCGCUUUGUGGAAUGUUGAUAAGAAUCAAAAAAUGAAACGCGACUUGCAAGGAUUCGCAAUGCCGGCAGCAACCGUGGUAUGAAUUUAUUUUCUGGAAAUGUAAAAUGCAACUUGACUGUUUUAAAAUCUUUACAGGUUACAUCACCAGAAUAUUACCUCGGUAUUGAGGAUCGAUCGGAUCCGAUCCAUGAUCUGUUUGCAAAGGCAAAC